UAACCCUUUUUAAAUUAGCCUAUCUUCUACCCAGAGGUCUAAUCUACACACAAACAUUCAUUUUUAUAUAUAAACAUAAGAAUGGGCUGAGACAAUGGUCAAACGACCGAUAUUGGCCGCGUCUCCUUCAGUAACGAUGGCGUUACGCGAGUGGAUGUACUCGUCUGAUCGUAACUUCGACUGAUUGAAACGAAUGAGAUUGAGACGCUCCAUUAAUAUUCAAAUUAAAAAAAAAUAAUAAUAAAUAAAUAUUAUUCUCAACUCCUAUAACUCAUAGGUUAGGUUAGGUCAACCAUUAAUAAACCAAAAUUUCUAUCAUAAAUCUCAAAACUCCUGCUUUAGCACCUACCGGGGGUGAUCAAUUCCCUUUUUAAAUUACCCUAUGACAUUCGCAAAAAACGUGGCUUUCUAUUGGUGAAAGAAUUUUCGAAAUCGGUUCGGUAGUUCCAGAGAUUACUUUCUACAACGGUAACUAACAACUCCUCUUAUUAUAAUAGUAUAGAUAUAGAUAUAGAUAAAUAUAUCUGCCUUGGAAACGACGUAAUUUUAGGAAAAACAAAUAGUUAGUUGUAGAUAUGCAAUAAAUCAAUAAUGCCAGACUUUAAUAAUAUUUAAUCUUUGCAACGGAAAUAACGGUGACAUUUCCAAUUAGUGAUAAUAAAUCAUUCGAAUGAAAGAUCUCACAUCUAGCUGGAUGACGCAUAUGGGUCAAAAAAAUUACCAAUGUGACGUGUGCGACAAGUUAUUCAUCUAUAAAAGCCAAAUGACAGUACACCAACGAACCCACACUGGAGAGAAACCGUACGCAUGCGACAUAUGCGAUAAGUCAUUUAGUGGCAGUAGCAAUUUAAUUCAGCACCGUCGAAUUCAUACUGGAGAGAAACCGUUUCUAUGUGACAUAUGCGAUAAGUCAUUCAGCGAUAGUGGAGGUUUGACAAAGCAUCGGCGUACGCACACAGGAGAGAAACCGUACCCUUGCGACAUAUGCGAUAAGUCAUUUAGUGUCAGUAGCAGUUUAAUUCAGCACCGUCGAAUUCAUACUGGAGAGAAACCGUUUCUAUGUGACAUAUGCGAUAAGUCAUUCAGCGAUAGUGGAGGUUUGACAAAGCAUCGGCGUACGCACACAGGAGAGAAACCGUACACUUGCGACAUAUGUGAUAAGUCGUUUAGUGUUAAGAGCAGUUUAAUUCAGCAUCGUCGAAUUCAUACUGGAGAGAAACCGUUUCCAUGUGACAUAUGCGAUAAGUCAUUCAGCGAUAGUGGAGGUUUGACAAAGCAUCGGCGUACGCACACAGGAGAGAAACCGUACCCUUGCGACAUAUGUGAUAAGUGGUUUAGUGUUAAUAGCAGUUUAAUUCAGCACCGUCGAAUUCAUACUGGAGAGAAACCGUACGCUUGCGACGUAUGUGAGAAGUCUUUUAGUCAAAGUGCCCAUCUGACGAAACACCGGCGGGCGCACACUGGAGAGAAACCUUACCCGUGCGAUGUAUGCGAAAAGUCAUUCAGCGAUAAUGGAAGUUUGACUAUACACUGGCGUACGCACACUGGAGAAAAACCGUUUCCAUGUGAUAUAUGUGACAAGUCGUUUAGUGUUAAUAGCAGUUUAAUUCAGCACCGUCGAAUUCAUACUGGAGAGAAACCGUACAGUUGCGACGUAUGUGAGAAGUCUUUUAGUCAAAGUUCCCAUCUGACGAAACACCGGCGGGCGCACACUGGAGAGAAACCGUACGCAUGUGACAUAUGCGAUAAGUCAUUCAGCGAUAGUGGAGGUUUGACAAAGCAUCGGCGUACGCACACAGGAGAGAAACCGUACCCUUGCGACAUAUGUGAUAAGUCGUUUAGUGUUAAUAGCAGUUUAAUUCAGCAUCGUCGAAUUCAUACUGGAGAGAAACCGUUUCCAUGUGACAUAUGCGAUAAGUCAUUCAGACAUAGUGGAGGUUUGACGAAGCAUCGGCGGACGCACACCGGAGGGAAACCUUACACGUGUGGUGUUUGCGACAAAUCGUUCAGUGCAAGCGAAAAUUUGGCGAAACACCGGCGUACGCAGACAGGAGAGAAACUGUACGCAUGCGAUGUAUGUGAAAAGUCAUUCAGCGAUAAAGGAAGUUUGACGAUGCAUUUGCAGACGCAUAGUGGAAAGAAACAGUUCCCAUGUGACACACCUAUGUGAAAAGUCAUUCAACACAACCGGACAACUCACGGUACAUCGAAGAACGCACACUGGAGAGAACCCGUACCUGUGUGAUGUUUGCAACCUCGUUCGGUCAAAAUAUCCAACUAACGAAUCACCUAUGAAUACAUACAUGGCCACAUGACUACAUGAGAGACAAAUGGCCAGAUAUUAGAAAUAAUAAUAUGUCCCUCGCUCUGUAUUUACAGAUGUUAAAUUUGGUUAUCGUAUUAUGAUCACUAGUUCAUUAAAAAA